UCCGUCGGGAUAGGAUGUGUUCCCGCCGCGCGAAUUCAAUUCAUACGAUUUAAACUUCGUCAGUGAUCACGUGCAUUGUAAAUUUGUAGAUGACAUAAAAAUAGUAGAAAAUUAUUUAUAAAAAUUAGUGUUUAGUAAUCCCGGUUUCUUUAUAAUAUUUUUUUUCGUGGUACGUAAGUCUGCUAAAAAGUUGGUUUUAAGGUCCUAAAUUUUUGUUGAGUUACCCAUGUCUACUAAAAGUGUAUAGAAGUGUAUGAGAUGUGUAAGAACGUGAAGGGCGUAACAUGGGAGACGGAGGCGCUGAUGGGCGCGGCACCGAGCAAGCCGUCGCGCUGGGAUACUUUUUGUCCGCGCGCUGCGCUCUCGCAUAUUGGCCUGCUAGUUGCUCUCAUGCUGUACACCGCCGGAGGGGGAUUGGUUUUCCGUGCUUUGGAGUUUCCAGCUGAAGUUGCUAAGCAGGAAUAUCACAGAGAUCGAUUGCUCUCGGAAAGAUGGAAUCUUAUACGUGUUGUUUCCGAUUACGGAAUGAAUGGAACAGAAUUUGUCAGCAUGGAAAAAUUAAUCAGUGAUCAAUUGGCAAUUUAUGAAAAGAUAUUAGAAGAAGCUUCAUCUAGCGGCCUGUCAUUAGAGGUGGAGAAGAAGUUUCCACCUUCUGAAGAAAGGUGGAGUAUACUACAGGCUGUUUUCUUCUCGUCCACGGUGCUCACCACUAUAGGAUACGGCAAUAUUGUACCUGAAACGUUUUGGGGCAGAUUAUUUUGCAUAGCUUAUGCUCUUAUUGGGAUACCGCUAACGCUCACAGUGAUCGCGGAUUUGGGAAGAGUUUUCGCCACAGUUUUGUCUGUUGCUGCUAAACAGUUACCCGCAUUGCCGAAAUGUUGCAGCCGCGUAUCUGAGGUUAACCCUGCGAGCCAGCGCUCGCUGUACGCGCUGUGGGCGGUCUGCUUCCUCUUCGUCUACCUGUCAGCUGGCGCAGCGUUGUUCAAAAUGUGGGAGGAUGACUGGACAUUCUACGAUGGUUUCUACUUUUGUUUUAUUACUAUGACCACCAUCGGAUUCGGUGAUCUCGUUCCAAAGAGACCAAAGUACAUGUUGUUGUGUACUCUAUACAUAUUAAUCGGGUUGGCACUGACGUCUACGAUAAUCGAACUGGUGCGGCGGCAGUACGCCAGGUCCUGGCAGCAGCUGCGCGCGCUCUCCGGUCCGCUCGCCGACACGCUGCGACGCCUGGGCGACGCGGGCCGCGGCGUCGACGUGUCUGCACUACACAACGAUCUCCGUAAAGUUCUCACUAUUGUGACCAUGCCUAGAUUAGGAAGCGGAAAAGAUAUGUUGGGUGAGAAGAGACAGCUAGAAUUGGAGGCUGCCGUGGAAGCAGUGAUAAGGGACAUCACCACUCCGAUACAAAGCCCUCAGAAACCUCCAAUCGUACAAAUAGUUAUUUACGAAUCAUCUGUCUAGCAUCUACUUGCCUAAAAUAAUGAUUACACGAAAUACGCACGCUGCGUUUCUUGAGCGAAUAAAUCCUUCAUCAAGAAACAUUUCGGGAAAAUAAAUAUACGCUUAAAAGUGCACAGAUGCUAAGCGAUAUUUAUUUAAGCGUUUGGAAUUGAUGCUUUCAUUCCAAAACUGUUUUUCCUCGAAGAGGUAAAUAAACAAGAAAAAAAUCUAAAAAUAAAAUGUUAUUGUCUUUUGUUCGUACAAUUUAUAGCGAGCAAAAGGACAGCGAGUACUUUGUUCGUGUAUAGGCAUGUAAAUGAAGAUUGCAAGAACGCUGUUCAUAUAGUAUUAUUAGUUUAAUUAAGUACUUAUGGUUGAGUUUAUUUAUAAGUUAUUAUUGAUAAUUCAGAUGUUGGAGCCCUGCAAACUCUUUACCUGUCGUAAAUAGUAUGUAUGAUCAUAUGAUCAUGGGACCACACUCUUUUCUAAUUUUGAUUUGAUAAGUGUAUUUGUGGAAAAACUUGACUCUUCUUAAUGACGGAAAGAUAUAUUGAAACACCUCGAGCUACAAUUUUUCGAGAAAAAGCAACAAAUGGUUAUACGGUUCAAUCGAAUGAUUACCUCCAAAAACUUUCUAUCCAUUUGCUUCAAAUUUAAAUAAAUAUUCAUCUGAUAAAUCUUAAUGGUCUUUGAUUGGAAUCGCCCGUUCGCUUAAGACCAUGUGAAAAUACUUGCUUUCUUUCUUAUUGCGUAUAUCCAUGGGCAACGGUCGGUUCGCUAUUCUAUCAACUUUAGAUGGCGCGUUCGUUUGCCACCUUAUGAUAUAAAAAAAAUUCAAUUGAGCUUGUGUGAGUGUUACUCUACUUGUACACUUGUAAAUGUCAUCUGGUUCUAGUUACUGGUUCUAAGGUUACGAUUAUUUCUUACACCUGAGCUGAUUGCUGCCUAGCGUUAAGGGAACGUACCCAUACUACGGGACCCGUUUAGGGUCCUUAAAAUACUACGGUCAGUUACAGG